CCCUGUUCAUGUGCUCUCAUAUAGGAUAUUCAGAUAGGAUCAGUGUUUCCCUGUUUCAACAACAUGAUCCGAACGCUGUGCUUCCUCUUUCUUCUGACCGUGGUUCAAUGUUUGACUCAGGAGACAAUCCUUACAGAAGGGGAGACUGUAACUGUUGUGUGUUAUUCAACCAAGUCAGCCUUAGACAAUGGCGUAUAUUGGUUUCAACAGACAGAAAGGGGGGAUGCAAAUUUUUUGGUUUUCACUGCUAAUACUGGACACGAAAGAAAUAAAAAAGAUAACCGUUUCCAUUCCGCAAGAAGUGGGCGGGGUUACAGAUUAACAUUCAACCUCAAAAAGGAAGAUGCUGGGAUAUACUACUGUUUCCAGACGUCCAACAGUAACAUUGAAUUCGGCACCAGCACAAAGAUUUCAGUGAAACAACCACCACAGGCUGCCCCAACUACACAAGCGGCUGCUAAUACACCAACCCAAGCUGCCACUACGAGAAAGCCGCUCUGUACCUGUCCAGCGAGAGGUGUACAGAGAGAUACCCGACUGUCCUGCGAUGUGUUUAUCUGGGCUCCUCUGUGUGGCGCAGCCGGUUUGCUCCUGCUAAUCCUCAUCGUCACCAUCAUCAUGUGCAGCAAAGUCAGGACGAGGCGAUGCCCUCAUCACUACAAGAAAAGACCACAGAAGGAUAUGAGUGGGAGACCCUCGGUGCCAGACAGAUAUGUUUAACAUUGAGAUCCAGCAUUAGCACAGAGAUCACUGGAUUUACUGAGUUUGUGUGUGGCAUCUGAAAGUGUAAAGAGUGAUAAUGCUGAGAAGUUCUUUGUAUAGUUUGCAUGCUCUCGUCGAGAUCAGCUUCUUUUAUAAACAUGCGUACAGUUGCCUCAAAAUGUUUUUAUAGACACGUCUGUGUGCAUGGAAAAACACACAUUUGUAAGAUUUUAUAGUGUCUGAUUUAAAUUAAUAAAAUAGUUUUCAGAUGAGGGCUUCAUUAGGGCUGUAUAGAUAUACUACUGCUGUAAAUGACACAUAUUGGCUUGAAAUUGAUCAAAGAUACAGUGCAUUUUCACCAGUAAAGGAAUGUCAUAGAUUUCUUGGCUGAUGCAAACAGUGCUACAGUGCGUACGUGAAGUAUCCUCAUUGAUACUGAGUUCAGAACUAGCAAACACUUACAUAGGUGCCUGGAUGUAAAUACUCUGAAACAGCCACAGAAACACAGCAAUGCAAAUGUUUUCAUGAAUGUGUUGUAGGGCUACAGCUUUCUUUUAUAAUUAAUUUGUAUGUAACAAUACCAUGCUCCAGUCCAGCGUAGUAUAGGUUGUAUUACAUUGCAAACACAUUAUCUUUUAGCAUUGUGUGCAUGUGCACAUACUCUGCUUGUUAUUUUGUACAAUUACUACUGCUGAAAAUAAACACAUGCUUUA